UACUAUGUAUAUAAAUCAUAUGCAUUCUUAAAAGAAGAUCAUUCGUUAUUCUUUGAAAAAAACAGUAUGUUGAUCUUUGGUGGGAUAUUUGUUUUUUUCCAGUUGAUUGUGGUUCACGCAAGUGGAUCUUGUGAUGACGUGCAUACAUGUCCAAAAUCAAGGUUUGAUUCAAGUGAACUGAUGGAUUAUGAAUAUGAUGUAAAAAAUCACAAUUGGAAGAUGACUAUGCAUUUGAAUUACCUUGAUGUUUUCUGUCCGUACUUCUCGGAAAUGCUGCCUUGCAUUAAGAACAUAGGAGCAACAUGUGAUGUUGUACAACAACAAUUGUUUGGAAUGAUGAAAAACACAUACAAUCCAAUUUGCAUCAUUUACAAAGCAGAAUUGAAUGGAAUGAUUUCUUCCUGCUAUAAUGACCCGGUGUAUCAAAAACAGUUGGUUGACAAAUGUUACGACGAUUUAUCGGACGAAUUGAGGUUCAGAAGGAGAAACCAAACACAAAGCACAGCAAACACAUUAGACUGUGGAAUUAUAGAUAGAUGGGCAAGUUGUACACACGAUGUUAUACAAAAAUGCAGUCCGGAGAACGCACAUGCAAUUCUACCAAUAGUUGAAGCCGCUAAACCAUACAUUUGUAUGUUUUAAACAUUGCCGACUAAAUAAAACGCAUUUAUUAUUUUAAUAAAAAUUUACAAACUUC